CACCUGGAGCUCUCCGCUACACCAACAUGAUCCUGAAGACAGUUUUGUUUGCGUUGACGGCUGUCGCAGCGGCCGACAGACUCCCGUCUACUUCUUACGGAGUGCCGAGCAGAGGAAGCGGAGGAUCUGCAGGUGGAGGCUUCGGAGGUCCUGGGGGAGCAGGCUUCGGGGGCUCUGGGGCUGGACGUGGAGGGGUGGGUGCAGGAGGUUUCGGGGGCCCUGGAGGAUUUGGAAGCUCAAGUGGUGGAGGCUUUGGGGGUCCAGCCGGUGGUGGUUUCGGGGGCCCAGCCGGUGGUGGCUUCGGGGGCCCAGCCGGUGGUGGCUUCGGGAGCCAAGCCGGUGGUGGCUUUGGGGGAGCUGCAAGUGGAAGUUCUGUUAGCGGAAGUUACAGACCAUCAGGUCCUGUUGUGCCCAUCCUGAGGGACGAGCGUCAGGGACCUGAUGCGUUCGGGAACUACAACUUCAACUUCGAGACUGGUGACGGUAUCAGUCGUCAGGAGCAGGGCGCCCCUCAGGGUCCGACUGGCGCCGUGGCAUCUCAGGGAGGAUGGUCAUUUACCUUCCCCGACGGAACUCCAGCUGACUUCAAGUUCGUUGCGGAUGAAGGCGGUUACCGCGUGGAGUCUCCCCUGCUGCCCACGCCCCCGCCUCUCCCCGCCCACGCCAUCGCCCAGAUCGAGAAGGCUCGUCAGGAAGACGCCGCCGCGGCUGCUGGAGGUGGUCGAGGAUCGUACGCAGCUGCGUCGGGCUCCUCGUCUCAGUUCUCAGGAGCACCUUCUGGAGGCUUUGGAGGAGCACCUUCUGGAGGCUUCGGAGGAGCAUCUUCUGGAGGCUUCGGAGGAGCAUCUUCUGGAGGCUUUGGAGGAGCACCUUCUGGAGGCUUCGGAGGAGCACCUGCUGGAGGCUUCGGAGGAGCACCUGCUGGAGGCUUCGGAGGAGCAUCUUCUGGAGGCUUCGGAGGAGCAUCUUCUGGAGGCUUUGGAGGUUCAGGCAGUGGAGGCUUCGGAGCCGCUCCUGCGGCUCCAAGCAGGACCUACGGCGCCCCAUGAACAUCAUUGUCCUGUUACUUGCAUCACUGACCACAAACGUUUACAUCACGACCUUCACUAUAGUCUAUUUCUUCCUCGAAACAUCUCAGAUCUCUGUUGCUGCCAUCAUCUUUGGUCCAUCUUCACGACUAUCACGUCAGCUGAGUCUCAUGUUAUCUGAAUAUUUUUUUCAGAGAUGACGUUUAAUCUACGCUUAUUCUAAUGUUAAUUAUUUCAUUUUAAUAAAACGAGAUAAACAAUA